CACCUGUCCUGGUUCUCCAUCUCCCUGGUUGGUUCUGAUUGGUCCUGGAACACCGGUCUGUUCUGGUGCUGGUUCGCCCUGCCCCUGCCUGUGAUGACUGAGGGGGAGGGUGUGUUCCUCUUCCUCUCGCUCGGUGCGACGUUUUAUUCAAGUUGAAAGAUGGCGACGGUGCAUCUGCGGAUCGGGGACCUGGUGUGGGGGAAGCUGGGGCGGUACCCACCAUGGCCCGGAAAGGUUGUGAGCCCUCCCAAGGACCUGAAAAAGCCCAGGGGCAAGAAAUGCCACUUUGUGAAGUUUUUUGGAACUGAAGACCAUGCCUGGAUCAAAGUAGAACAACUGAAGCCCUACCAUGCCCACAAAGAAGAAAUGAUCAAGAUAAACAAAGGAAAGCGCUUCCAGCAGGCCGUGGAUGCAGUGGAGGACUACCUGAAGAAAGCCAAGGGGAAAGAACAGAACUCUGAUGGUAAAGCUGAAUCAAAAGGCAAGAAGGCGUCCAACAAACCUCUGAAAAUACUGGAUGAGGAUGAUGAGGACCUGAGUGCCCUGAAGGACCCCUCUGAGAAGGAUUUAACUGACUCUGACCCCGAGCCGUCUGCUGUUGAGAGGUUGGCUGGACCUGGCUCAGGAUUCAAAUGGGAGAGCAGUCCGGUCAAGGACGAUCCGCACUUCCAUCACUUUCUGCUCAUCCAGUCUGAAAAGCCAGCCUCAUCGAUGGAGCCCAUCAGUAAACGCCUGAAAAUCAUCGAAGAGGUGACUGGCUCAACUUCUAUCCAAGCAGCAGACAGCACAGCCAUUAAUGGCAGCAUCACACCAACAGAUAAAAGGAUAGGUUUUCUGGGCCUGGGUCUCAUGGGUAGUGGCAUUGUCUCCAACCUGCUGAAGAUGGGCCAUGUUGUCACCGUGUGGAACCGCACGGCAGAGAAGUGUGACCUGUUCAUCCAGGAGGGGGCCAGAUUGGGCCGGACCCCAGCAGAGGUGGCCUCCAUGUGUGACAUCACUUUCUCCUGUGUGUCGGACCCAAAGGCUGCCAGAGAUUUGGUGAUGGGACCCAGUGGAGUCCUCCAGGGGAUCAGACCGGGCAAAUGCUAUGUGGAAAUGUCCACCGUGGAUCCAGAGACCAUCACAGAGCUGUCCCAGGUGAUCACAUCACGGGGGGGCCGUUUCCUGGAGGCUCCGGUUUCAGGAAGCCAGCAGGUCUCCAAUGAUGGGAUGCUGGUGAUUCUGGCAGCCGGAGACAGGAGCGUUUACGAGGACUGCAGCAGCUGCUUCCAGGCCAUGGGCAAGACCUCGUUCUUCCUCGGGGAAGCUGGCAACGCGGCCAAAAUGAUGCUGAUCCUGAACAUGGUCCAGGGCAGUUUCAUGGCCACCAUCGCAGAGGGGCUCACUCUGGCACAGGCCACCGGCCAAUCACAGCAGACCUUCCUGGACAUCCUGUGCCAGGGCCAGAUGGCGAGCACCUUUGUGGACCAGAAAUGUCAAAACAUUUUGCAGGGCAACUUUAAACCAGACUACUAUUUGAAACAUAUUCAGAAGGACCUUCGGCUGGCGAUCUCCAUGGGCGACAUGGCCAACCAUCCAACACCAAUGGCUGCUGCUGCCAAUGAGGUGUAUAAGAGGGCUAAAGCACUGGACCAGUCAGACAACGACAUCUCUGCAGUCUACAGAGCCUACAUUCACUAGAGGGAGGUGUGACCUAUCCUCUGGACCACAGUCUUUAAUCACUUCUUUCUUUUGACAUUAAUGAGUUUUAUUGGCAUUUCUAGUGGUUUUAUUUGAUUUUGCCCCAGUGUCUGCCACAUUACCUGCCCCCACAAGUCCUAGUGUUGUAAUUCUUUUAGUUUCUCUCCAUGAGCAUUGCACUGACUGCACUGUGGGAUAGGCGUUGUGCUUGUGCACCGCUGCAGCUUGCCGUGUGGGUGGCAGCAGUUCUGGUUCCGAGCGGGUUGAGGGGGUCCAGUCCCACUGAGGCCACAGAAACUGCUGUCCAGUUUUGUGAAUACAGAAGACAUUUUUGUUGUUUUGUGUGUAUUUAAUUAAGCUUAAUCUGUUUUUCUUUUAAUAUUCAGAAAUUAAUCCGAGAGAAGACCACCAAGAACAUGCCACUGCAUUGCCUUAAUAUUGUGACCCCUCCAGUCCCUUGGUUCUUGAUGUAUUUAUUUAUGUUCCUGUAGGUGGUUUUGGUGCAGCAUGGUCAUGGCGUGUCCCCACGUUUGAUCACAUGAUUUGUUCUCUUACUUUGGUGGUGACGUCGAUCUCAGAGCAGCAGAUGUGUUGAGGCCUUAAAUGCAGUAAAACAGAUGUUUGUUGUCCCGUUCAAGAGAUCUGUGACUUUUGGUUUGGAACAGUUCUCACCUCUUCAGCUGUUACUGAAGGAAUCCAAAACCAGACGAGUCCCUUUCCAGUUGUAUUUUUAAAAUGAAUAAUUAAGCCCUGAUGUCAUUUAUGUAUGUUUUUUUUUCCUCCAUGGAGGGUUAGGGUUCCUCCAGAUGGUGUUCAUCAUUCCUGGAUUGAUGCUCAGAUCUUUCUCCUCAGCUGUGAGCUGACUAGCUGUUACUAAGCUAACCUCAGUCGGGUUAUUGUUACAUUUCUCAAACAGCCGGUCAGGAUCUAGACCCACGUCCAGCAGCAGGUCGGACCGAGCUUCUAGCUCUGAAAUGGGACGGAUAUUAAAAUGAACCAUUUAAGACAUUGUAAACGAUAAUUUUAAUUUGAUGUUUAAAAAGGAAAUUUGACAAAAGUACCAAAGAUAUGGGAGACAUUUUUAUGUCUGUGUUCAGAAACGAGUUGACUAAAGAAAGCAGCCUUCAGGUGUUCGAACUUUUGUGCCCCCAAAAAUCUCCAUGUUGAACAAUGAUGACGCGUUAGGUUAGGAGCUUUAGGCCACGUCCCGUUUCGUGCUUCAAAACCUCGGUGAUGCACCCCCACCUACAAUAACCUAAAACACCUGUUUUUGGUAAAGACCAGAGAUGAACUCUGUCUCAUUAGGAUGCAUGUCCAGAGCAUUCUCACCUGGAUGCAAAUCCUUCUUUUAUAUUUCUACUUAAAUUCAGAAAAGUGCCUCUUGUAAAGGAGCGGCCAGUAAUAAAAGCUCAUCCCAGCCCCUCCCCGAGUCCCCGCCACUCCCCUUUUGAAGGUUGUUGUUAGGAAACCUUCAGCUGAGGUCUUUUGCAUGGUUGGGAAGCGACUGCUCCUUUGGAUCACUCGGUUCCUGUGAGGGCUGAGGGGAGGGACUUGAUUGGGCCUUGUUCUGAGCGUUCUUCAGCUAGGAGCCAUGUUGAUUAGGAGGCGUGGUAGGACAUGAAAUCAGAUCCUUUCUGGCCUCUGCUGCCCGUUAGGAGGUCAGCUCUUCUACCGUUUAUGGGUUUUUAUGUCUUACAGUCAACAGUUAAGUUUUGUUUGUGGAGUCCAGUGCACCAGAUUGACUUCCUGUUUGCUGAGGCUUAAGUUUCCCUAAAGCCAUGCAGUGGGGUCCAGAGCAGUUUCAGAGGGCAGAUGUAAAUAGCACAUGAAACUACGUAGGGGUCCUUUUGUAUCUUCGAUGAGCAGAGUUGAUGAAAGCUACUUUUGACUUUACAGAUUGUCUGGCUAAUGUUUAUUUCUUAAUAGUGUAGAUUAUUCAGCCCAGGUGAUGCUGGUUUAUUAACACGCGGCUCACAGACUCUGGCGUGGACAUGGAGUACAGAGCCUUUCUUUUGGGGGUAUUUAUGAUUUUGUGUACAUGUAGAAAUACCAAUUUUUGUGCUGUUUAAUAAAUCCUCUGCUGAUUACUGAA